UUCAGGUCCCACUGUGUUCGCUCAGCUGGACGUUUCAGAGCUUCACCGCUGAGAGAAACAUGCCGAGCAAGAGGAAGAAGAACAAGCGGAGGAUGAGGAGAGUGCAGGCCCAGCGGAGGGCGCUAGAGGAGCAGCAUGCCGCUGCUGGGAAAGGAACUGUUGGGCUGAGAGUUUAUAAAGGCUCUAAGGGCCCAAAAGCAACUUCAACCAAAACUCCAGUGGUGAAGCCCCUGGGGGAUCCAGUCAAAGCUCCUGAUGAAGUCCCUGACUCAGUCCAGCAGGCAGAGCAUCAUCAGUUGGAAACAUCAGGAGAUGUUUCAGCCCCAGCACAAACAGCUGUAGUAGCUCCAGAACAAACGGCCAUAAGCACUCCAACAGAAACAGCUGUAGUAGCUCCAGAACAAACGGCCAUAAGCACUCCAACAGAAACAGCUGUAGUAGCUCCAGAACAAACGGCCAUAAGCACUCCAACAGAAACAGCUGUAGUAGCUCCAGAACAAACGGCCAUAAGCACUCCAACAGAAACAGCUGUAGUAGCUCCAGAACAAACGGCCAUAAGCACUCCAACAGAAACAGCUGUAGUAGCUUCAGAACAAAUGGCCAUAAGCACUCCAACAGAAACAGCUGUAGAGGCUCCAGCAGAAGCACCUGUACAAGUUUCAGCAGAAGAACGUGUAGAGCUUUCAGUAAAGAAAAGUGUUGAUCUUUCAGCAGAAGAAUCUGAAGAGGCUCCAGAAGAAACAACUGUAGAGGUUCUAGCAGAAGAAAAUGUAGAUGCCCCAGCAGAUGAAUCUGUAGAGGAUCUAGCAGAAACAGCUGCAGAGGCAUCAGCACAAGCGGUUGUAGAGGCUCCAGCAGAAGAAACUGCAGUGCAGGAGGAAAAUAUCUCCACUCCAGAUUCUGUGACGGACUCCACUGCCACCACAGUUCUGUCCAGGAUGGUGAGUGCUGGCAGGGUUGGAGAGCUUCAGCACCAGGUUCUUGUGGCUGUUCCAAAGGACCACCUGAUCAACCACCCAUCUGUAAGCAGACUCGUCACCGUCUCGGAUGAGACCAAUGACUGUAGUGUCAUCUGUGAACUUCAAGAUUUUGAUUGA